AUGAAUGGUAUUCAAGUAGAUAUUAACCGUUUGAAAAAAGGGGAAGUGAGUUUGGGUACAUCCAUCAUGGCGGUUACCUUUAAUGGUGGUGUGAUAUUAGGUGCUGACUCAAGAACCACCACCGGUGCAUAUAUUGCAAAUCGUGUUACAGAUAAAUUAACAAGAGUUCAUGACAAGAUUUGGUGUUGUCGGUCUGGGUCUGCUGCUGAUACACAAGCCGUGGCAGACAUUGUUCAAUAUCAUUUAGAUUUAUAUACAGCGCAAUAUGGUACACCGUCUAUUGAAACAGCCGCAUCUAUAUUUAAGACUAUAUGUUAUGACAACAAAGAUUAUUUGACAGCAGGUAUCAUUGUAGCAGGUUUCGAUGAUAAAAAGGAGAAAGGUGAGGUUUACAGCAUUCCAUUAGGUGGUUCUGUUCAUAAGCAAGAUUAUGCUAUUGCAGGGUCUGGUUCGGCCUUCAUAUAUGGUUAUUGUGAUAAAAAUUAUAAACAAAAUAUGAGCAAAGAGGAAACAGUCAAUUUUGUGAAACAUUCCCUAUCUCAAGCUAUUAAAUGGGAUGGGUCUUCUGGUGGUGUCAUCAGAAUGGUCAUUUUAACUAAAGAAGGUGUGGAAAGACUAAUUUUUUAUCCUGAUGAGUACGAAAAUUUAUAA